AUGAAUUCAGAAGUCACAAAAUAUCAUGAACAAGUGGACGAUGUAAAACCGAUUGAAACAGCUAACGAAAACCAGGAUGCCGUCGUAAAAAGCUCAAUUGCAGAGGAUACCAGUGGAGUCGGAUCGAAAGUUAGGUUAUUGAUUCUUAUUGGUGUUCCUGGAUCCGGUAAAUCAACUUUGGCCAAGAAUAUAUGUAAAAUUUAUCCUGACAAUUGGUACAGGGUUAAUCAAGAUGACUUGGGCAGUCGACAGGCUUGCGAGGACUUGGCCAGAGCCAAAUUAAAAGAGGGUAAGAAUGUGAUAGUGGACCGAGUUAAUUUUGAUAAGAAUCAAAGAAAAACAUGGAUCGAAAUAGCUUGGAAAUUUGAUGUCCCCGUUGAUGCCAUCAUAAUGGAUACUUCCAUGGAGGAAUGUUCAACGCGCAUAAACAUGAGGGAAAAUCAUCCUACAGAAGUACAGGGACAGAAGGGCAUCGAAAUUCUUGGAAAAUUUAGGGAAUGGAUGAAAUUACCGGAACACAGAGAGGGCAUUGAAAGAAUAAUUAGAGUAAAACCACAACCUACCGUUGAUUCUUAUAACAAGCAGGUGAUCGAUGAGAUCUUGUUUAGAUUAGAUAACGAGACAGCGGUAAGGCAUGACAGAAGUGUCGGUGUAAAUAAAUUGGAGAUUCAUGCCGGUCGCCAUAAUAGCAGCGGUAAUGCUCCCCGGAAUUACAGAGGCGGAAGUAAUUCUCGCGGAAGAUAUAACACCCGGGGUGGCACUAUACGUAGAGGCGGGUAUAAUGGCGAACCAGCUUAUUAUUAUGCAAACACUAAUGCUUGGUCAAAAUGA